AUGUCGGCCUUCUCCCUGUCGAGGACUGAGAGCCCACAAGCUUUUGUCUCGAGUUUCGCCCCGCGCGUCCGCACAUACCAGAACUCGCUGCUCACACCCGCCAUCCAACCACAAAAUGCCAUCGCUCCUCUGCGCACAACCAAGCGCGGUACCACCGCUAUCAACUACUCCGAGGACCUCGAGAACGACAGUUUGGUCGAAGAUAGCGAUGCGCCCCGCAGACCCACCGGCCUGCGCAGUCUGCGCCUGAACGAGUCCCAGACGGCCGUCACCACCGGUUCCAUCCAAUCAACAGAACUCAGCAGUUCCGUCGACGUUCAGGGUAUCUGGCGCGAAUGGAUGGGCAAGCCCAAGAAGGCCAUGACAGAAAGACAGGCCAUGCUGCAAGCACAACUCCCGCUCAACCUCGUUCCCAUCCGCAUCGACUUGAGCGUCAACCCUUACCAACCAGAGGCUCCUCUCCCCAAGCCCAACAAUGCGCGCGAGCUCGGUGUUGAUGAGAACUCGCCUGCCUACAAGGCUCCCGACAUGACUCCAGAGUUCCGCAUCAAGGACAGCUUCCUUUGGAACCUGCACGAGUCUCUCAUGACACCCGAUCAGUUCGCAAAGGUCUUCGUCGACGAGUUGGACUUCCCCUUGGAACGCCGUCCUGCUCUGGCGCUGCAGGUCUCUCAGCAGAUCCGUACACAACUCGAAGAACAUGCUGCUGUAGUCAUGCACCCACUGUUCAACCCUACCUCGACCAACGAGCCCCGCAACAUCUCUACACGCCUUCCCAUCUCACGCGAAGUCUCGUCCACACCGUUCGCACACACACCAUCUGCGCAUCAACCGCAGACGAAUGGUGUCAACACUCCCAAUCCCGCCCAAACGCCCUUGCCCAACGACGCUAAUGUCUCCGCCGUUGCUCAACCUCUACCACCCUCGUCCGUACACAACCCUGACGACGCCUACCGCUGCAUCAUCUCGCUCUCGAUCAACCUCAUGAAUAGACUUUAUACCGACAAGUUCGAGUGGUCGCUCAUGCAUCCCGCUGGCUUCCCAGAAAUCUUCGCCAAGCAGACAUGCGCCGACCUGGGUUUGUCAGGAGAAUGGGUCCCGGCACUCGCCCACGCCAUAUACGAAGCUGUUCUCAAGCUGAAGAAAGACUACUGCGAGAACAACGGCUCUCUGCUCGGUGUCGUUGGCAGUGGCGUCGAUGCCUGGGGUCAAAUCGACAACGAAGCUGCAGAAGUGCACGGUGAUGGCGCACUGGCGAUAGGAGAAGCCGCUGGCUGGCGUUUCGACAACGACGACCUGGGAGCUGAGUGGCAACCACACGUCGAAUUCCUCAGCAAGGAUGAGAUUGAGAAGCGUGAAGGUGACCGCGAACGCCAGAUGCGCAGACAGAGACGUGACAUGGCUGCACGUGCUACAGCUGGCUUCGCACCACCACCUGCUUUGGCAAACGAUUACUUUGGCGCACAGGCUGCUGGUGGCGAUGAAGAGAGGAUGGGCAGAGGCGAGAGAAGCAAGAAGAAGAGGCGUUUCCGUAGUCUCAGUCCCACCGGCCGCGAGACACCUGACUUUACCGCUGCCUUUGGUGGAGAGCAGGGCAAGUUGACAGAGUCGGAGCGUCCUGUCUGGCAGUGCACUCACUGUCGUAUCGGCGGAAGCGCUGUCUGGGCUAUUCGCGACGGACCCAACGGACCUAGAUCACUCUGCAACAACUGCGGUCUUCUCUACGAACGUGACAAGCGUCUACCACCAUGGGCCAAGGAUCUCUACCUGAUCGAACAACCCAAGCCCAGCAGGCAAGUCUCCAUCAUUCGACUUCCCUUCAAAGCACCUCGCUAA